ACAUUUCCUUAACACUCAUAAUCUGCGUCUCCAAAAUUCAAAAAGUUCUCUGCCUCUUCCAUUUCCCUCGGAAUCCCUCGCCAAUAGAUGAUUCAUGAUGAAUGAGAAGAUUGAAUCCGUCGUUAUGUCCUCUGAAAACGGAUUUCAAGAUUCUCAAGUCUUAGCAAGCUCGAACAUCCGGAGGAAGGUUGAUGGUCUUCAUGGGCGCGAAAAUGGAGAUUCCAAGGAACAGGUAUUGCCGGAUUCCAAGUGCAAUGGGCGCAUGAGUCUUGCCUGGGAUAGCGCCUUCUUUACUAGUCCAGGAGUACUGGAACCCGAGGAACUAUUUACGACCUUGAAUUCAAGGAAUUAUGACAAUGUGGUUGACAUACUGGGGAGCGAAGAACAUCUUUUAUUAUCUUCUCAAUCACUAGAACCAGACACUAAUAACGAAAAUUACAACUUCCGUAAGAGCUUAGCUUGGGAUAAUGGAUUUUUCACCAGCGAAGGAGUUUUGAACCCUUUUGAAUUGGCCAUUGUUAACAACGGUUUAAAGAAAUCUGAAGGCCAUUUGCUUCCUGUUAUUGAGGAUGAUGUUUGGAGGUCUAUGGAGUCCAACAGUACCUUAGAUAGCGAAGGCUCCUCAUUAACUAGACUUGAGAUGGAUCUUUUUGAAGACAUCAGAGCAUCCAUUACCAAACUAAAUGCUUCAAGGUUUGAACAGGGAAGAACAGCUUCAGCCAAACCGGAUGGUUCUCGAACUAUGAUGAAGGACGUGCCAACUUGCAGAAGGCAUAGUGUUCAUAAGCAUGCAUCAAAGAAGAUAAUUGGACAGAUGCCAAAGUCACCAAAAAUACAGCUGAAACAUAUGGGUGAAAGUAGGGAACAUUAUUCAUCUUCUUCCCUUAAACCAUUCAAGGCCUCAGAGAAGACAAGCUUCGUUUCAAGAAGUUCAACUAAAAUUGCUUCCUGGGGCGAAAAGCAUGUCAAACUGGGAUGCAGGUCUGGGGUUUCGGCUUCGGUAGAAGGUUUUGGCAAGUUAAAGAAACCAUGUUUAAGGGACUCGUUCAGUGCCAUCCAUGGCUCCACUCAGUCGCUUAGAUCAUCUCUGCCACAUUUUACAACAUCUAAAAAACUCACCCGCCGUCCUCCAUCUGAGGUAACCAUUCGAAAAUCACCUCCAGUUUUGAGAAGAAAAACCAACUUCCGAACUUCGAACAUUUUCACCACCGGUUCAGCUUCGACGACUCCAUUGAUGAAGACGAGGGCAAGCAAGACAGAAGUGGAAAGUUCUUGCCAGUCCACACCAACAUCCUCAUGGUAUGGAUCACCAGCAAGCUCAAUUGAGGAAUGGCCUUUAGAAACCACUUCAACAGCUCGAAGAUGUACCAACAGAUCCAAGCGAAGUCCAUAUUCCAGUCUUAUUAAAAGUCCUCUUAUGGAUAAAGAGAAUCGACAUGAAACAUCAGUUAAUCGACGCCAUAGAAAAGACCUUAAAGAAGAUGGGAAUACUGAUGCUUCGAGAAUAUUAAGAGAAGUAAAACCUUCCGGCCUGCGAAUGCCGUCACCAAAACUUGGCUUUUUCGACCGGGAAACUAUGUUGCGGUUAGCCACCAUUGUUGACGCUAAGCAGGAUGUUCAUACUCGAUGUACUGAGCUUCCAUCCCCUAGAACUCGACCACGGGCCGAGAUCCGAAAUGAUAAAUAUGGAGGAUCACCAGUGUGUGUCGCCUCCACAAAAGGCAACAGAAGUCCGACAGUUGCGUCAUAUAACAGGAUUGUCCAAUGUAAUCAAUCUAUGAAAGCCAAGAAGAUCAUCUCGCGGUACGCUGAAUUAGACGACAAGGAAAAUGAGGUAAGUUUUGUGGAUCCACAAAUUGAGGGUUUAGCCAUGCAGGUUAACUCCAUUCGCCUAAACAACCGCGUGAACUGAAUUAAAUCAAGAUAGUUAGUUAUACAUCAUUGAAGUUGAUUUCAAUCAAUUUUUAUCACAUUUUGUUAUUGUCCAUUGAAGCUGUUUGAAGAAGAAUCAAUAGCAUCGUCGAGAUGAUUCUAAUCAA